GAUGACAAAGGCAUCAAGAAAAAGUAUAACAACUAGAAUGAAACUCGCAUAAAAUAAAGUUGCGUUCAUAAUUGCAUUCGAAUAAUUAAGCGCACUUUUUAGUCAUUAUGCAUUAUUAAUGCAAUGCAUUGUGUAUACUAUAGAUACAUUGUGUGUACAAUGUACAAUGUACGUACAAAUUGGUCGUUGGGACACAAGAUGGCGUCCCAUAUGCGUGUGUAUGAGUUGACACUGACAGAAUAAAUAAAACAUACGUAAUUUAUGACAAGUGCGCUUGCAUUCGCUUCCAAUUCAUCAAAACAAUAAACAUUCACACAAAAAAAUUCUUGAAAAAGAAAUUUUUCUUUUUUCAUUCAUCAUUUUCACCAAGUUUGCAUUGUGUAAAAUUGUGUUUGUUACAUUAAAACGGCAAUUAAUGCGUUCAAUUUGUGAAAUAACGUUGGUUUGGUGUGAAGAAUUGUAUUUUAUGGCGAGGAAACAAAUGACUCAUUAUUAGCGAUAGGCAUUGAUGUUACAUCAAUUAAAUUGGCUCAGGUGGUAACAAUAAAGGAACCAAAGCCCAACACAAACAUGGACGAGGAUGAAGAUGUGGAUAUCGUGGGCGGUUUGGAUAAUUUCAUGUCAAAAAACGAAAGAGAAAUAUCCAACAUUAGCUCGGGACAAAUACUAUCUUGUGAGUACACAGUUCAUCCACGUUGGCUAACUGAUAACAAUGAUGGGGCGGAGAACCUUUGGCCGGAAAAUCUACCAAAACAAAGUUCGCAAGACGAAAUGGAAUUAGUACAAGAUGAAGUUGUUAUCGAAGAGCCAGCUCCCAUUGAUUUCGAUUGGGUGGAAGAGCGUGAAACUGAAGAGGCGUCAAAUUGUGGUGAUAUCAUCUUUGAACAAGAUAUACCCGCAUCAUUAGAAGAGGAAGUGGUUAUUGGGGCCGAAGAAACAGCAUCCGAAGACAAUGAACACUCAGACUGUUGCAGUCAAUCAUCACAAGGUGGAGAACCCGAUGAAGAUUCGACAAAGUACUCAAAUCAAUUACCUGAUACUUAUGUGCCUGAAUCGGAAAGUGGGAAAAGUGCGCCGAUGGCGGCGAAUGAAACAAUGCGAUUGGACAAACUUAAGAAACCGGCUGUAAAAUUCAAGCAAACGCUAAUGGUUAGUAAAAAUCUGUUGAUUUUGAAUCAACGGAAUUUUGCCGUUGAUCCCAAGGCGGGCACUUCAUUGCUCAAAUCGGAAAUCCAAGAGAAAUCCAACGAUGGACAAGUGCCACCGAUUAAAAUCCGAAAACCCGAAUCAAAGUUCAGCGUUAAGAUAAAAGUGGAUUCACAAUUAGCAAAGACAAUUAAGAAAUCGAAACGGUCGAAAAAACACAAGCAUCGAACACAUCACAGUGGGAGCACGAAGGGGAAAAAUGGGAGCAAACAUUCAGAGUCAUUUACCGGUAAAGCCAAGAAAUUUGUUGAUAUACACGGUGAAAAUAUAACCAUAAAUCAUGAUGCUGAUGAUUGUACGCCGAACGAUACCGAUUCAGUGGAGGAAAUUGAUUCUCAAUCGAACAUUGGUUCGAAUAAGGUAAAAUUCAAGCACGAAUCGGAUUCGGAUGUUGAAAUAGACAUUGAAUCAGACGCACCCAACGAUCUCAUUGAAUUGCAUGGUUCAAGUGCAAUGUUUUCUAUAGUAAAGGUUGAACCGAUGACACCGAUCACUCCCGAAAAAGUGCCGCCACUCAAAAUCAAAGCCGUUAAAAAGAAAGAGCCCGAAGAAAUGAAGCCACAACUAAAUCUGAACAAUAUAGAUCCCGAAUUAUUGCAAGCAUUGAACAAUCCCAACGAACCAACGGAAGAAUUGGUCUUACCAUUGCACAAAGUAAGCGAAUUAGAAAAGUAUUUUCAUUCGGAAUUUUUCGAAGGACGGCCAACGAAAACGCCGGAACGUUAUACGAAAAUUCGUGAUUUCAUUUUGAAUGCAUGGAUUGAAACGAGACCUGGUUAUGUGAGCAAAACAACGGUACGAAAUGGAUUAAAGCAUUGCGGCGAUGUGAAUUGUAUCAGUCGCAUACAUUGUAUGCUCGAACAAAUUGGUGCAAUCAAUUUUGGCUAUGCCAGAGAGCACUUUGAGUACAUUCGGCCAUUGGUGAAGCUCAAAGAGCAUUUUAUGCAAAGUUCACAAAAUAAAAAAUCUCAUUCAAGUGGCAAUUAUGAUGUGAGCUCGUCGUUAGUAUUGGGCCGACGCCAACGGAACAAAAGUAUUACAAUGCAUCACCACACAACGGAAAAAGACAUUGAUGCCAAUUAUACGGUGAGUCAUGUGAACGGUGUACCGACACUUCUGUACGCAGCUGUGCCCAAAGAUCGUGAAAAUUUGCGACGCGAAGCAUCCAAACCGAUGAAAUUGGAACUUGAACUCAUCGAAUGCCUACGCUUUCCCAAAGACAAAAUGCCACCGUUUAAAGUGUCAAUGACACUGUCAACGCUGUUGUGUUUGUACCUACAUGGAUUGUCGUCGAAAUUCGAGGUGAUGGGCUUCUUAGGUGGAUUUUGCACCAAAUCCGUUGGACGCAGCCAACUCAGUCUGACACGAUACAAACCAUGCAAAACGGCACAUCAAACAACCACCACCUGCGAAAUGUGUCCAGUCUCCCAAGUUGAACAAGCUGCCAAUUUGACGAAUGAAGGCUAUGAGCUGGUCGGUUGGUUUCAUUCACAUCCAACAUUUCAUGCAAAUCCAUCACGAACUGACGUUGCUACACAAGCCGAUAUGCAACUUCAAUUCUCCAUCGAAAGUGAUCGACCGUUCAUUGGAUUCAUUCUAAACUGCAUCGACAUGGGAUUCAACUGUAUGUACAUUAUGCCCAAAGAUAUGAAUAAAGACACCAUUGACAUAAUUCCAUACGGAUUUGAAGUGGAUAUUAUUAAGGAUUGCAGCUCCCUGCGUAAUGACAUUGCCGACGUGUUCAAUGUGAUCGAUCGAAAAAGUCAUAAUUACGUGCAAACGAUAGAAAAGUUUAUAAAAUCCGGCACGGAGCUACUGAGAUAUCAUGGUUAUGAUUUGAAUAUUCCCGACUAUUUACAAAGCUAUUUAUGAUAUCGUUUGGAAAUUAUUUUUUAUAAUAAUAGUUUAAGGUGCAUUCAACGUUAUAUUAUAUAUUAUUAUAUUGUAUAGAAAUUGAGAAUUAAGAGCCACUUUAUUCUAUAUCAAGAAGAAAGAAAGAAAAAAACACAACAUAAAAAAACUAAUACCGUUUUUGGAGGUAUUCUUCUGCCUAGAUUCAUAUUUUUUUACAUCUAAUUCGCAAAAAUGGUCGACGACCUUCUAAUAAAUACAAGACAAUUUAAACGAAAACACAUAA